AUGCUUGUCUCCGCUCCUUCUUCGAGCUCUCCUAUUGAUCCAGGAGGGGCCUCACCAGCGAGAGUCUCAAAUCGCGAGAAUCAGCUCCUUAACCGCGAUUUGGAGAUGAAGCUCCAGUCACCUUCGAUUCCAGCGUCGAUUCCAGCCGCGAAGGUUCCCUCGUACGAGGCGAGGUUCAAAUCGUCCCUAAGGAAUCUCCGUAAGCUCUCAGAUCCGUCGUUUUUAGAGGCCGAGACGCCGGUAGUCCAAGCGCCGGAGUUUGUGCUUCUCAGAACCUCAGAACUUUGGAAAGACCAUGUGGUGGCUCACUUUCAUGGUCGUCGUCCUUCUGCAUCAAAGAUUAUUACCGAUUUGAACCCUACUAGAGAAUGGGUGUUGCAAGUGGGUUACUGGCAGGCUGAUAGGUGUGCCUUCUCGGUUUAUCCUUGGACAGCUGAUGGGAAUCUGGCUGCUCAGGAGUUGAUCUUUGCGCCGACGUGGGUAGUUCUGAAGAACGUCCCUCCUCAGUUAUACUCUUUGGAUGGUAUCAGCGUAGUUGCUAGCGGUGUAGGAGAUCCACUUCACACUGAGAAGUCUCGUCUAGACCCCUACCACUUCGGUGAUACUAAGGUCAAGGUGGAGAUUGAUCUCUCAAAAACUCCUCCGGAGGUUGUAGAAGUCAGAGAUACCCAAGGGAACUCAGUUAGAGUCAAUGUGGAGUACCCUAGUCUCCCUCCUAAGUGUCUGAAUUGUGGAAAGUUCGGUCAUUUGAUGAACCGGUGUAACAAAGCUCCACGGCAGAGGUUGAAGAAGGUUUCGCUAGCAAAUGAGUCCCAGGAAGGGGAGAAAGAAGCAAGUGCAUCGAAGGAUGAGGUUGGUCAGGAGCAUAAGAGUAAGGCUAAGUCUAGGCCCCGCAAGAGGUCCAGGUCCAGAGCGCGAGCUAGAGCUAGAGCGUUAAGUUCCCCUCCGGAAGAUAGUGUGAGAGUGGAGGUAGUAGAGUCAAAAAAUGCUCUAGAUGUGAAGGUGCAGGACUCCGCAUCGUUGAUUCGGGAGAAGGACUCGACGGUGGUGGAGUCAUCUCCGGUUGCGGGUUCAGUUGAGGAAGGUUCUCAGUUGGAGGAAGGGGAGAUUAGUGGGGAAGAAGUGGAGGAUUUGGUUCAGGGUUCGAAGGAGAGUCAGAACGAGAUGUAUGUUCAGGAGGAGGAAAAGUCUAUGUGGCUCACUAAGCACUCGAAGAAUUUUCAAAGAGCGCUGAGACAGCAUAAACUUUGGGAAGCUUCGGGAGCAGUGGGAAAGCCUCCUAAAUCAGCGAGGCUUCUUGAUCGAGUUUUCUCCACCGGGAGGAAGCUUGAAGCUUGA